UGAGCGCACGGGCGCCGCCGCUGCCGCUGAGGUGCUGUGCUGGUCGGCGGAGUAGGCGGCCAUGGGGAGCCUUCGCGGCCUGCGGCUGGCGGCGGGAAGUUGUUUUAGGUUCUGUGAAAGAGAUGCUUCCUCAUCUCUAAGGCUUACCAGAAACUGUGAUUUGAAGAGAAUAAAUGGAUUUUGCACCAAACCACAGGAAAGUUCAAAAGCUCCAUCCCACACUUACAGCCACAGAGUGCCAUUACACAAACCUACGCAUUGGGAGAGGAAGAUCCUGAUAUGGUCAGGUCGCUUCAAAAAGGAAGAUGAAAUCCCAGAGACUGUCUCGUUUGAGAUGCUCGAUGCUGCAAAGAACAAGAUCCGAGUGAAGAUCAGCUAUGUAAUGAUUGCCCUGACAGUGGCAGGAUGCAUCUUGAUGGUUAUUGAGGGCAAGAAGGCUGUCAAAAGAAAUGAGUCUUUAACAAGCCUGAACUUAGAAAAGAAAGCUCGUCUGAGAGAGGAAGCAGCUAUGAAGGCCAAAGCAGAGUAGCAGAGGUAUCCGUGUUGGUGGGAUUUUGAAAAUCCAGGAAUAAUGUUGCAGCAACAAGCCUGUAUCGUUGUAUGAGGAUCCGUUUCUUAAAAGUAUGGUUUGCACAAGCUUAUACCAUUUCCCUAUUUCUGCUCUAGGUACCAAUAAAUUUUCUUAAAGAAA